AGAUAACCCGACCUGUUAUGGUCGGGUCGGGUCGGCGAAAUCCUAGGAUCGACCGGACUUGACCCGACCCGACCCAACCCGAACCCGACAACGAGUAGGGCAAAGCCGAGUAGGGCAAAGCCGAGUCGGGUCGGGUCGGGUUUAUGCUGAAGCCUAAGCAGGGGGCUUGAAACCCCCUGAGUCGGGUGAGUGAGAGGGAGUAAGCAGGGGGCCUGAAACCCAGAGUCAGGUCAGUGAGAGGGAGUAAGCAGGGGGCCGGAAACCCCCUGUGGAGGGUGAAUGGGGGGGGCUGCAAGGACCACCGGGGUAAGAGGAGUGAGACAGAGAGGUGUCUGGGGGCCUGAAGCCCCCAGAGUGAGUUGGGGUGUUGCUGGAAGCUAGUUUGGGGGGCAACGGAGGACAGCUGCAUCCACCACAAUUGUAAGUUCAGUGAGAGGGAGAGGGAAAAGGGAGCCAGAAACCCCCGGGGUGAGAUGGGGAGUUGUGUGGAGCUAGUUGGGGGGCGAUGGAGGGCGGCUGAAAGCAACUACGACAAGUGUAAGUUGAGUGAGAGGGUGAGACAGGGCCUGACACCCCUGGGUGAGUUGAAUGAAGUUGAUUGAGGGGAAAUGGAGGGCGGCUGCAUCGACUACCAUAGUUAUUUGAGUUAGCGAGAGAGGGGCGAGCGAGUGGGCAUGAAACCCCUUGGGUAUGUUGAGAGAGGGUGACUGGAGCGGGGCUGAUGCCCCCAGAGUACAUUGAGUGAGAGGGAUGGGAGAAGUGGGGCCUGCAACCCCCUGAGUGAGUUUAGUGAGGGUCAAAGGAGAGGCGGUGAAAAAACCAUGGUAGGGUGAGAGCAAGGCAGGGGAGCGGGCCUGAAAUCUGCUACUGAGGGGCAGGUGGGGAGAGGGGGGUUCAAAUCCCCAGGUUAGGACGAGCUAGAGGCAGAGGGACCCCCCUCCUCUUAGACAUGAGCAAAACCGGGUAAUUACCCGAACCGACCCGGUUUUGCCCUACCCGCAAUCGGGUCCGGGUCGGGUCGGGUCGGGUAAUUUCCGGGUAAUGUUUGGAGGUCUGUUACCCGACCCGACAUUUUAAUACCGGGUAAUUGGGUACCCGUCUGUCGGGUCGGGUAUACCCGACCCGCAUUUAAUUGAAGUCGGGUAAUAUUACCCGGGUACCCCUAGGUGGCUGUAAAAUUCAGCAAACCCAGAGUAGCAAACCCAAAGUCGGGUCGGGUACCCGCGACCCGACGGGUAAAAUGCUCAAGUCUACCUCCUCUGCCUUUGGUUCGCCUUAUCCUGGGGUUUUCAACCCCUUUCUCUUGCCGCUUGGUUUCCUUACCUUGGAUUUUCAGCCUCCCUCCCGUGCUUUGCCCUUAUGUUACCCUUGGAUCUUUCACCCCUCUCCUCUGCCACUCUCUCUCUAUAUCCUCUAGUGAGCUCAAGUCCCCUGGGUGGUGUGAGUUCUGAUGGGGGCUCUGCAACCCCCAGGCCCAGGGUGUGUGUGAUUUAGGGGAAGAGAAGGAGGCUGAAACCCCUUGGAUGGAUGAGUGGAUGGGAAGGGGUCUGAAGCCCCAUGGGUGUGUGAGUGGAAGCGAAGGGGGCUGAAACCCCUUGGGUGUGUACGUGGAAGGGAAGGGUUGGGCCGACAGCUCCACACCUCCAGGCGGCAAAUGAUGAUGCCCCACUCGUUGCCUGAUGCAAGCUCUAUCAUGUGGGUUGUUAGUUUAACGAAUUCCAAGGUGAGGCAGGGAAAGGAUUUCAAACCCCAAAUUGAAAGAUGAGGGAGACAAGGGACCCUGAGUAACAAGGCGAGGCAAGGGAGAGGGUUUCUUCAGAUCCCAAGUUCAAGGGUGAUGAAAGGGGGGGGGUUCAGAACCCAAAUUUUAGUGUGAGGUAAGGGAGGGGGUUUCAGACCCCAAGGUAGAGGGCGAGGCAAGCAAGAAGCUGGCUUUUGAGUCGACUCAAAAGGCAGGCAAGGGGGUUUCACAACCCAACUUACAGUGCAAGAGGGUUUCCAGUCCGACAAUGACACAGGGCAGGGGGCAGCGUUUCAGGGUCCCCACCCCAAGUUAGAGGGUGAGGCAAGGGAGCAGGGUUUCAGGCCCCAAAUUACAGUGCAAGGUAAGGGAGGGGUUUCAGACCCCAAGUUCGAGGGUGAGACAGGGAAUGAGGUUUCAAACCCUAAGCUACAGUGUGAGGUCACAUCAGACCGCGACUGUAAGGUGAGUGGGAAGGGUGGGUUGAGGAUUACCUUCAUGCCUUCACACCUCCACACCUCCACACCUCCACACCUCCACACCUCCACACCUCCACACCUCCAUACCUCCAUACCUCCACACCUCCAUACCUCCACACCUCCACACCUCCAUACCUCCACACCUCCAUACCUCCACACCUCCAUGCCUCCAUACAUCCACACAUCCACACCUCUACACCUCCAUACCUCCACACCUCCAUACCUCCACACCUCCAAACCUCCAUACAUCCACACCUCUACACCUCCAAACCUCCACACCUCCACACCUCCACACCUCCAUACCUCCACACCUCCAUACCUCCACACCUUCAACCCUCCAUACCUCCACACCUCCAGACCUCCACACCUCCAUACCUCCACACCUCCAAGCCUCCGUGCCUCCGCGCCUCCGUACCUCCACACCUCCAUACCUCCACACCUCUACACCUCCACACCUCUACACCUGCAUACCUCCAAACCUCCACACCUCCAUGCCUCCACACUUCCAUACCUCCACACCUCCAAACCUCCACACCUCCAUACUUCCAAACCUCUACACCUCCACACCUUCACCCGUCCAUACCUCCACAUCUCCAUACCUCCACACCCUCCAUACCUCCAUACCUCCACACAUCCAUACCUCCACACCUCCGUACCUCCACACCUCUACACCUCCACACCUCUACACUCCUCCACACCUCCGUACCUCCACACCUCUACACCUCCAAACUUCCAUACCUCCACACCUCCAUGCCUCCACACUUCCAUACCUCCACACCUCCAAACCUCCAAACCUCCAUCCUUCCAAACCUCCACACCUCGACACAUCCAUACCUCCACACCUCCACAUCUCCAUACCUCCAUACCUCCACACCUCCAUACCUCCACACCCCAUACCUCCACACCUCUAUACCUCCAUACCUCCUCACCUCCAUACCUCCCCACUUCCAUACCUCCACACCUCUGUUCCUGAGGUGAGGGAGAGUGAGGCGAGGGGCAGUUAAAAAUGAGGUGA